AUGGCUGCUGUAUAUGUUGGCUUCAAAUUGGCGUCAAAUCAUGAUAUUUCUCGAUACACGAUAUGCGAGGGGAGAAGGGUGGAGGUUGAUCCGCAUGGAGUCCCGAGGGAAUAUAUGUACACGGUGUGCCCCAGCCACCUUCGCUACUGCUGUCGUAGUGAGCUUUACGAUGGCGAAAGGUGUUGUGCCGGCCGUUCCUAUUACAGCUACUCUCAACCACAGGGCAGGAUAAUUGGGUCUCUCUUCGGCACCCUUUUGAUGAUAUUGGGCAUUGGAUUAUUGGCCUACUUCUUCUGCCUCCGACGUCGUCGCAAGCAAUCAUCAUCGAUGCACGACAUGCCGGCGCCACCGCCACCACCGCCGAAUUUUGUCACCGUAGGGGGGUACGCGCCUGCCUUGGAUCCGCGUGUACCCACUUACCCAGUGCCUGUCUCAAAAUCUGAUCCAUACCUGGAUCCUCCACCACCCUAUCCCGCUUCGGUCCCAUCGGGCAUCCAGCCACCUCCGUAUCCGGGUGAGACCCCACCGGUCCCAAAUCCUCCUUAUCCAGCAUCUUCCAACCCUGUUCUAGGCUCGGGCUGGGGAGCGGCUCCUCAACACCCUCCACCGCCCACUGCCCCGUCUGGAUGGCGACUCCUGCCAGGGUAUGCAUUAGAUGGUGUAGGGUUGAUUUCGCUUGCAGCCGUUUUCGCCACAAGGAGGGGUGGUGGUUCACUACUGAGUGGCGAACGCGCUGUUGUGGGCUCCAGGUUAAAUGAAAAGCUGGCCGGUGUUGUUGUGGAUCCAAUCCUUCGAGAAUCCUUCUGA